AUCGGUUGAAGUGACCUUCCAUUUCCCAUAUUGCAGUCUCGCUACACGUGAUUUCAUGCCAUCGCGACACCUGACUGCCGAUGCGAUGUCGGCACACUGCGCCUACAAGAGCGGCAAGUGCACGUACCCUCGGGCCAUCAAGUUGAAUGGCGAACUGCAUUCGCUGUGUGCCCUCCACCGCGAAAAGCAAAACGCACACCAGCGAAAAAGCGAUCGCAAGUCGCGCCGAGCCAAGAAAGACAUGGACGCCACCACCAUCAGAGUGCACGAGGCGUGGAAGAUUGUCGGGGAGCCACCAGACUCGUUUCUGUUUGAAAAUACCACUUUCGAAGCCGAGUCGACAAUCACCAUGUAUCACUACAGGCAGACUACGCCACCGUCGCCACGGGUUGCUCGAUUGCCCCCCAUUCGACACCUUCUCCAUACCCUCUCUCUCCCCCCUUCGAACCCCAUCAAAAGCACGACUACGACUGCGGGCGGCUGCCCACAAGGAAUGAUAAUGCAGUUUUGCACAUAGCGUCAAGUGAAUAUAUAUAUAUAUAUAUGUACAAUCGUCUAUUAUCUUUACAAUGAA